AGCAAUGAUAAAAGAAAAGAAAAAUCACGAGAUGCAGCAAGAUGUCGAAGAAGUCGUGAGACAGAUAUUUUUUUAAAUAUGGCAGCAGCACUACCUAUUUCUCCUGAUGAAGUAAUACAUUUAGACAAAGCAAGCGUGAUGAGACUAGCAAUAGCCUACUUAAAAAUUCGUAGUGUUGCCAAUGCUUUAAAGAAACCAUUUACAAAAAUUGAAUCAACAAUCGAAGCAGAUGAAUUUUUUCCUCAGGCUUUGGAUGGAUUCAUGUUAGUAAUUGCCAGUAAUGGAGAUAUGGUUUAUCUUUCUGAAAAUGUUAGUGAUUAUCUAGGGAUUUCUCAGCUGGAUAUGAUUGGUCAAAGUGUUUACGAUUAUAGUCAUCCUUGUGACCAUGAAGAAAUCAAAGAUUAUUUAUUGAUGGAAUCUAACAGCGUUAACGAAAUGUGUUCUUGUAAUUUCUUUAUUCGGUUCAAAUGCACAUUAACUAACAAAGGAAAAAAAGUUAAUCUCAAGAGUGCUUCAUACAAAGUAAUUCAUUGCACUGGCCGUCCAAUGAUAAGUGGAGGUCCUGAAGUGUAUGAUAAGAAAAUGGGUAACGAUAUUGACGAAACUUUGUCCAGUUUAAGAUCAGAAGAUCAAAAUGAAAUCGGAACAGAAAAUACAUAUGGAUCUAUCAGUACUGCGUUAGUCAUGGUUGGAUGCCCAAUACCUCAUCCAAGCAACAUUGAGAUUCCCCUGGGUCGUCAAACAUUUUUGUCUAAACAUAAUCUUAACAUGAAAUUUACAUAUGUUGAUGAAAGGUUUGUGUCACACAAUCUUUAG